GACCAAUAUCUCCAGAGUUGGAAGAAAUGGCAGAAAUUGUUCCAGAAAUCGGCGCCGAAGAAAUUGUCCAGCGGAUUAAGUACGAUAACCUCAGUGCGGAAGAAUUUUAUAGCACAUGGCAAGCCUGUGCGAAUUAUAGAAUCAAUGUAAUCCAGCAAAAACUUCAAAACAUCCACCAAAUAUUUCGGGAAUGGCCAGAAUAUAAAAAAGCUGAUGGAUAUCGUCUGAUUGACCUUGAUUUCGGAAAAAUGUUGCCAAAUACCCGCAAUUUUCUUAGCUGCAAACAAGAAAUUUUACGGUUGUUCCUUCAUCUUAAGAAGCCUGGUAUUUUAAAAGACAGCUCAACAAAAUUUGUAAUAAAUUCAGUUUCGGAGGAAGAUUUGGAAGAAGGUAUGAUUAUAAAAAUAAGAUAA